AAAACACCCUGGAGAGAAGAUGGCGGCGGCGGCGGCUUCGGCGGCUCAGCAGCUCUCGGAUGAGGAGCUUUUCUCUCAGCUCCGUCGCUAUGGCCUGUCCCCGGGCCCGGUGACCGAGAGCACCCGCCCCGUCUACCUCAAAAAGCUGAAGAAGCUUCGAGAGGAGGAGCAGCAGCAGUACCGGCCGGGGGGCCGCGGCAGCAAGACGCGGAACAGCAAUAACAAUAACACGGCGGCCGCGGCGGUGGCGGCGGCGGGCACGGGGGUCCGGCCGGCCUCGGGCGACCUGCCCUGCCUGCGGGCCCCCGGGAGUCUGGGCCGGGUGUCGGCCGCGGGCCCCGAGAGCUUCCUGGGCGGGCCCGGGGCCGUCCCCGCGGCCGGCAGCAAAGUGCUGCUGGGCUUCAGCUCGGACGAGUCGGACGCCGAGGCCGGUCCCGGGGCCCAGGCCGGCGGCGGCGGAGGCGGCAGCAGGAGAGACCGGGCGCCCCUGCAGGGCCGCGGGCUCCGAGCGCCGCCGGCCGCCGGCGAGGCGCCCCCCGGCGCGGCGGCGGAGCGGAGGAAGCCGCACGCGUGGUGGGGGGCGCGGAGGCCGGCGGGCCCCGAGCCGCAGAGCCCGGCGGGGAGAGACGCGGCCGGCGGCGAUGAGGACGGGCGGGCGGAGGACGGCGCGGACCGGGACCCCGAGGCCGAGGAGCCGCUGUGGGCGAGCCGCGCCGUGAACGGCAGCCGGCUGGGGGCCUACAGCUGCCGGGAGAACUACUCCGACUCUGAGGAGGAGGCGGCCGAGGACGCGGCCUCCGCCAGGCAGGUGUUGAAGGACGACCCGGUCCCGCGGCACCGGCCCAGACGGACCUACGGGAAGCCGCCUGCCCCGCUGGCCACGAAGGCUGCCGGCGGCCGGCUGGAGCCCGCGGCCCCGAUGAAUGACAGGGCGGCGGCCGCCGGGAGUCUAGACAGGAGCCGGAGCCUCGACGAGGCGGCGGCGGAGCAGGGAGGAGGCUGCGAUCCGGGGGACUCGAGCCCGCUUCCCAGAUUCCGCGCCAACGCCAAGAAACUGACCCCUGUCCUGCCCUCGCCGCUCACUGACGUGGACUCAGCCCUGGAUGCUUCAGCAGGCUCCCUUCUCAAAACCAACAAUCACAUCGGUGGAGGGGCCUUGGCCGUGGACCCCCCCAGGAUCUACUCCAACAGCCUCCCUCCCACUGCGGCCGUGGCCGCCGCCGGCUCACUCAGGAUCAAUCACGCCAAUCACACGGGCUCCAAUCACACCUACCUGAAAAACACGUACAGCAAACCCAAGCUCUCCGAACCCGAAGAGGAACUUCUCCAGCAAUUUAAACGGGAAGAGGCGUCCCCAACUGGGAGUUUCAGCGCCCAUUAUUUGUCCAUGUUUCUCUUAACUGCUGCCUGCUUGUUUUUCCUAAUACUGGGACUGACUUACCUAGGAAUGAGGGGGACUGGAGUGUCUGAGGAUGGAGGACUAAACAUAGAAAACCCCUUUGGUGAAACAUUUGGAAAAAUACAAGAAAGUGAAAAAAAUCUUAUGAUGAGCACAUUGUACAAGCUCCAUGAUCGAUUGGCACAGCUUGCAGGAGAUCAUGAAUGUGGCAGUUCUAGUCAAAGAACUCUUUCUGUCCAAGAGGCAGCUGCAUAUUUAAAAGAUCUGGGUCCCGAAUAUGAGAAUGUAUUUAACACCUCAUUGCAGUGGAUCUUUGAGAAUGGGAAAGAUGUUGGAAUAAGGUGUGUUGGUUUUGGCCCUGAGGAAGAAUUGACAAAUAUAACUGAUGUGCAGUUUUUGCAGUCCACAAGGCCACAGAUGUCUUUCUGGUGUCGUUUCCGACGUGCUUUUAUUACUGUAACCCACAGGUUAUUGUUGUUAUGCUUAGGUGUAGUGAUGGUUUGUGUUGUUCUGCGUUACAUGAAAUAUCGCUGGACUAAGGAGGAGGAGGAGACGAGGCAGAUGUACGACCUGGUGGUGAAGAUCAUAGAUGUUUUACGAAGUCAUAAUGAAGCUUGCCAGGAAAAUAAAGAUUUGCAGCCUUACAUGCCCAUCCCACAUGUGCGCGAUUCCCUAAUACAGCCUCAUGACAGGAAAAAAAUGAACAAAGUCUGGGACAGAGCUGUCGACUUCCUCGCCGCUAACGAGUCUAGAGUUCGUACAGAAACGCGGAGGGUAGGCGGGGCUGACUUCCUGGUUUGGCGGUGGAUCCAGCCCUCUGCAUCUUGUGACAAGAUAUUAGUCAUACCUUCUAAAGUAUGGCAAGGUCAAGCAUUUCAUUUAGACAGAAGAAAUUCACCGCCAAAUAGUUUGACACCGUGUCUAAAGAUUCGAAAUAUGUUUGAUCCAGUUAUGGAAAUAGGUGAUCAGUGGCAUUUGGCAAUCCAAGAAGCAAUUCUAGAAAAAUGCAGUGAUAAUGAUGGCAUUGUUCAUAUUGCGGUAGACAAAAAUUCACGUGAGGGUUGUGUAUAUGUUAAAUGUCUGUCCCCAGAAUAUGCUGGAAAAGCUUUUAAGGCAUUGCAUGGCUCUUGGUUUGAUGGGAAAUUGGUAACAGUAAAAUAUUUACGACUAGAUAGAUACCACCAUCGCUUUCCACAGGCGCUUUCUUGCAACACUCCCUUGAAGCCGUCAAAUAAGCACAUGAGCUCCCUGUCUCACCUCCGCCUGCGGACCGGCCCCGCCACUUCUCAAGGAGGUUCCUGAGAAGAUGUUCUUCCUCUCCUAAGACUGUUAUUUACAAUAGGAAAAUUCCUGGUUGGCUUUUUGUCUUCCUUUUAAAAUGCUUUUUGUAUGUAAUAUUUUUAUUGAUGAAAUACAGCUUUGAACAUGUUCCAGAAAUCUUAAGGUUCAAAGGGAUUUAGCAGUGAAGCCCCAAUGCUGAGUAGGUAGAAUAGUUGUUUCAUUCAGUUUUUGGAGCUCAGUUAAACCAAUGCAUUUAAAGUUUUGCAUGAGGAACACUGACUUUAUUAAGCAUUUUCAGAUACGGUGGUUGUAUUUUUGCACCAAGAAGUGUUUGGAUAACCACACAAAAGCAUGGUGAAGAGGCUUCUUGUAUUUCCAUGAUUUCUUGUGAACUGAUGUUGUGAAUUUUUGUAUGCAGUCACCUGCAUUGUUCUUACCCUAAUGUGGUAAAACUGUUCAUUUCUCCAUUUAACCCUAGGUUUCUUUUGCCUGUAAGAAAUUCAUUUGCUACAGUUGGAAAUAUGGGAAAAUUAAUAAUUUGGGUUUAGUGGUCACAUUGCGUGUCAGUGAAUGAACAUGUACUAAACUGGCUUCUGUAUAUAUGUAUAAAUGCUGGUGGUGGUGAAAGCAGUCUUGUGAGGAUGUCUGCAUUAAAGCAGUAAAAUAAGCUUUCUAUUUUAUUCAUAAUCUAAUGUGUGUGUAUAUAUGUCUCUGUGUGUGUGUACAUAUGUAUACAGCUCACACGUAUACAUGUGGCUGCACUAUCACAUAGAUUACACAGCCGAACACCUGGAAGUAUUAGAUACAAGCUUAAAGUAUCUUUUAUAGGUUUUAUAUAAAAAAAGUCUCAGUAUGAUUUUGUGUGAAUGUUGUGAUGCCAGUUGUAAUGGAUUUAAAUUCAUGUGAGCAAUAAAGAAGAAAUUGGCAGAUGUUGGAAAAAUAUUUUGUGAAAAGCUGUAUUUAUUAUAAAUACUGGGGCUCUUGACAUAGUACUGUUGGGAUUAAGUAAUUUCCCUGGUCUAUUUAUAAUUUAAUGAAAUGUUAGAGCCCUUGUUAGCGAUCAGAGUCCUCGCAGGCACAUUGUUGCAGCAAAACAUGUAUUUGACAAAUUAUACUUGCAAUUUGGGUCAUAAAAGUUUGCAAUAUAGUAAAGGCACAAGUGACUGUUACUUUGUGCCUCAGUAUUUAAUUUGUUUUAGUAAAGUUACUUUAUUAUUGUUUAUGAUUUCAGAUUAAAAUAGUUGCUGAGCAAAAUUGACUAGUAAUCUAGCAGUUGGCUUUUAAAAAAUUAACUUGAUUGUUGGGCCAAAUGAAUAUGUGAAACAACUGGGGUUGAACCAAUUUUUAUUUUGUUUAAAGUUCAGUUUUCCUUUUAGUUUGUGGUAAAUGUGUGGGGUUUGCAGCAUGAACUUGCACAGAUAAUGCACGUUUCUGGCUAAGCAAACACGAUGCGCACUGUUCUGUAGCAGGAAGCCCGGCCGUGCCUUACCCAUGUGCUUUUGUGGGCACCGUGUUUAUGAAGAAUAAAAAAAUGGUUUGUUAUCUGAAGAGAAUAAAUUUAAAAUUCUCAGUUUAUGUCUCAGAUGCUAAUGUGUGAAAAUAUAAAUAUAUAUAAUAUAUGAAGUAACCCACCUUUCUGUAUUUUAUGUGCGUCCUAGUGAUUUCUCUGAGCUCAGUGGCCACAUCUUGUAACCUGUUGCAAGAGUGAAUGUAAAAACCAGUCGUGGCAUUUUACGAGGCCGCCUUUUGACGCAAAUGCGUCUUCCUUGCUUCUUCCUUGCUUCUGAAACCUAUUUCAUGUAAACAUUGUACAUUUAUUAUUGUAAUAUAUACUAUUAUGCAGCUUAUUUUACCUGAAACUGUUAAGCUGACCAAGAUCCCUUCCUGCAAGACAGAUGGGAAUGUGUAUAAUAACCAGGCAUUUGAGAAGUUCUGACGUUUGAUGUAAUCUGUUACUUGUCCUGUUUCAAAAAGGAAAAAAAAUUCUGAUUAAAAAUUUCUUAGGUUUUU